UUCAGGUUCUGUGGAGUUUCUUAAUUUCUCGUUCUCGGAGCUUGCAUCCGUCGUCUUAUUAACAUGGCCAAAUCCCUGCUGCUUUUCUGCUUAUGCAUUGCAAUCCAAAUCUCCUCCGGCGUUGGUGGAAAAUUGUUCCUGAACAUUGACUGUGGAGAAACUGGCAACCACUCCGACCAGUUGGGCAUCAUUUGGGUCGGCGACGAUCGCUAUAUUAAGGCAGGGAAAGCUGCCCAAGUCCAGAAUCUCGGUAUUUACAACAAAGAGCUCAACAGCCACCGUUACUUUCCCUCCCAGAAGAAGAGCUGCUAUGUGAUCCCAGGGGUAGCCACAGGCAAGAAACACAUGCUUCGGGCAUUCUUCUUCUAUGGCAACUACGACGGCAAGUCAUCGCCACCAUCCUUCGAUCUUCAAUUCGAUGGGAACCAUUGGGCGACAGUGGACACUUCAUCCAAGGACUUUUAUUAUUCGGAAGUAAUCUAUGCACCAAAGAGAGGCAACAUCAGCGUCUGCGUUGCUCAGACGUCGCCGGAACAGACACCCUUCAUCUCCACUCUUGUAAUUAGCGAAUUUGAGCAGGGAAUGUACGAAACGGACGGCAAAGAAGACGUGCUUGUGAAUACGAGGAGGACGGCCUUCGGAGCGAAGGACUACGUAAGUGGAUGUGUUGGAGGUGUUACAGGAUCAAUAUCAACAACUUCAAUCAUGGGCAGGUGAUCCAUGCCUUCCCAUAGGUUUCACUUGGGACUGGCUCAAUU